UAUUAGACAGAAAUAAAUUCGAGGAUACCCAUCUAAAACCGUGAGAUUAUCUAAUAUAUACAUUAAUACAUUUAAUCUAAAUGAUUAAUACGUUAUUCUAAAGACAAAUAAACCACAAUAAUGUAUAACUCAAUGAUUUGAAAGGUUCUGCACAAAGAAGGUCGCGCUUCUUUGACAUCAUGCGGACACCAGACGCACAUGUGUCUUCUUGGUUUCAUGUACUUCGUCAUUAAUUUCCUCUACAGGUCACUUCUUUGUAAAUGAUGUGGAAAUGUAUACAAAGGUCGUUCAUUCACGUGUCAGCGGUCUAUCUAAAGAAGACGCCUCUGCAUAUGAAGGGGAAAAGUGCUGCUGAUCAGAGAUGGCUGGUGCGGCAGCUCAAUGACCCUUUCGUUAAAGCUGCUCACCUGCAGAAUUACCGCUGUAGAAGCGCCUUUAAACUGAUCGAGAUAGAUGAUAAAUACAGACUUCUGAAACCUGGUUUAAGUGUCAUAGACUGUGGUGCUGCGCCUGGUGCGUGGAGUCAAGUUGCCGUCCAGAGAGUCAAUUCAACAGCAGAAAGUGCAGAUCUUCCAAAAGGAAGCGUAAUAGGAAUAGACAUAUUACGCAUCGCCCCUUUGGAUGGAGCUCAGUUUCUGUCCAAUCACGACGUCACUGCUCCUUCAAGUCACACGGCGCUGGAGAGGCUCCUCCCUGAAGCUCGAGCAGAUGUCAUCCUCAGUGACAUGGCCCCCAAUGCCAGUGGGCUCAGGGAACUGGAUCAUGAAAGACUGGUCACCAUGUGUCUAUCAGCGCUGGACUUGGCUGACAAGGUUUUGCGUCCCGGGGGCUCUUUGAUUUGUAAAUACUGGGAUGGAGCUCUGGCCAAUAAGCUCCAGCAGAGACUUUCCUCUAUGUUUCAAGAUGUAAGAACCGUAAAGCCAAGAGCAAGCAGGAAGGAGUCCGCAGAGCUUUUCUUUCUGGCGAGGAUGUUUAAAAUGAAAUAGGAUGAAGUCUUUUUCACGCAAAUCCAAUUUUAAUAUAUGAAAUAUAAAUAAAUAUAUGUUUAAUAAAAGAAAGUAGUUGGGUUUGUAUUGCUUACCUGCAACCUGAUCAGUGCAUUAAAAACUAGAAACCUAACGCGUAUCCUGAACAUUAAAAAAUGCUAUAGUAGAAUAAAUAUGAAGUCAGAUUUGCAUAUGAUUUUCAGUUUAUCAGUAAGGCCUAGCAGCGUUAAAGACAUGGUUGGCAUGCACCUAAAAUGCGUUUUAGUGAGGAAUUUCAGAUUUAUAGUAUAUUUUACACUAUAAGAGUGUAUAGUUUCCUCCUAUUAGUAAAUGAUGUCCUUACGAAAGCACAUACAACAUUUAGUAUUUGAUGGAUUAGAUCAGUGGUUCUCAAAUGGCCGUCCGUGAAGCAUUUGUGUAAAGUUGUGUAAAAACUAAACUAAAUAAAACCAUUAGAAUUGACUAAAA